AUGCAAUGGUACAGCGAUGACCACGGUAAACGAAUCGACUGGUUAGUAUGGAGCGAUAUAUCCUGGCGCUUCCCAAUUAGUAAUCUCCACGUCCCAGAUCGAAGUUCCUUCUGGCUGCGCGCAAAUUUGAAUGAUGAGUGUAAUCCAAUUCAUGGUGCACAUCCCACGAAAGAAGUAAUGUUUGAUAAAAAUCAAUUUAUCCGAGCCCUACACGAUGGAAUGGAUCGAUUUGACGAUAAAAACACACGUACGCAUGGUCAUACCACUGAAAAUAACUGUAUAGACUAUAGUAUUAUUCUCAGUGGGAUUAGGCGUUCUGGCGGAACACCCUGGGCCACGGAGCCCUCCUUCCCACCCCCCGAAUUUGAGCCCAAUCUCGCAGAGAAAGACACCGCACCUUCCUGCGCUAGCGGACAAGUCGGAGGACCCUUCUUUUCAACUGAUAUUGAUGCCGCGAUCGAUGGUUUCUGUACGGAUGGGGCUGAAAUAAAAGGAUAUGGUAAAUACUGGGAAAACAUGUAUGAUUAUCCCGCGGAAGGACAACCGCAGUUUUACAAUGAUGAUUUGUAUAAAAUGCAUUUGACGAUGGGGGCGGAGACGGUGGAGAAUGGAGGGCCGGUACCGUAUAAGAAUAUGGGAUGGUGUGGGUAA